CAACUGUGAGACAGAAGAAAGAAAAGUCAGGUUUUGCUUCCUGUUUUUCAAAGGAAAUAAGGUAUAGAUCAGAAGACGGGUCAAAUUCUUUCUUUGCAAAGACAAAGGAACCUGAAAAGCUGUAGUUUCCCGUUUAGAUUUAGGUAAUAGCAGCCAAUCCACUAAGAGCAGAGACAGAAGGCUGCUUUCAUUUUCACUCCUUUUCCUGCCCAGAGAGCCUCAGCAGCAACAGCCGACAAGACAUCACCCCAAGGUCCGGCCCUACGACAAAACGGGGAUGGCCGGCAAUAGGGUGAACGACUUUAUUGAGGACUUGAAGGGAAAGAAGGUGUUAACAAAGCAAGAGUUACGUGCAUUAGGGAAAAGAGUGGACCUCAUCGUGGAUAAGACUGAAGGCCUGAUUGAUGGUCUCAAUGAGAAAUCGGGAAUAGUAGGAAAAAUGUUAGUGAAAAGUAUCUUCGGUCCCAAAGGCGAGCUGGCUUUAGAAAUUCUUGAUGAAAUUGAGAAUUAUGACUCUGACAACAGCGGGUCAUAUUCCUCUUCGACAGAAUAUGAAGAUGAAAGUGAAGAAAAUGAAGAAAGUGAAGAAAAUGAAGAAAGUGAAGAAGAGGAAAAUGCUGAGUCAUCCCAGGAAAUGGAUCCCCCGAUAGUAGAAGACACCAAACCUGCUGGCUCAUGUGAACCCUCAAACUUCACUGAGGACAAGAAAUCACCCCAAGAUCUGGUCAAUGACAAAAAGGGGAUUGCCCAUGGCAUGCUUGGUACCUUUUUUGCGGACCUGAAGGAAAAGAAGGUGUUAAAAGAACGAGAGAUACAAACACUAGGGGAAACAGUGAAUGUCAUUGUGGAUAAGACUGAAGGCCUAGUUGGUGAUCUCACUGAGAAAACUCAAAUGGUGGGCAAAAUGCUAAAAAACCAUUUCUUCAGUUCCAAGAGCGAGGCGACUAUAAAAAUUCUUGAUGAAAAUGAGAAGGAUGAAUCUGGCAAAAUCAAGUCAUUUUCUUCCUCAACAGUUUUUCAGGUAACCCAGGCUUCCCAAAUCAAUGUGCUGAAGCUUUGUCCUUGUAUCCAUUUUAAGGAACCAAAGACAAUAAUGGCACAUGAGAUCUAUCCAGUGAUGGAGAAGAAGAGCCGAAUGCGCCUGGCUCUCAUCAUUUGCAAUAGAACAUUCGAUUAUCUUUCUGAGCGAGAAGGCUGUGAAAAUGACAUUUCGGGGAUGCGAGAUCUGCUGGAGAACCUUGGAUAUUCAGUGGUUAUAAAGGAAAAUCUCACCGCUCAGGAAAUGAAGGUCGAGCUGAAGCACUUUGCCGCCCGCCCAGAGCACCGCUUCUCAGACAGCACGUUCCUGGUGUUCAUGUCACACGGCAUCCUGGACGGGAUCUGUGGGACAAAGCACAGGGAGGAAGAGCCAGAUGUCCUUCACGACGACACCAUCUUCCAGAUUUUCAACAAUCGCAACUGCAGGAACCUAAAAGACAAACCGAAGGUCAUCAUCAUGCAGGCCUGCCGAGGCAAAGGCAACGGGGCCGUCUGGGUGACAGAUGUGGGCGAAGCCUGUGCAUGGCCGGAAAACCAGCCCUCAGCACCCUACAUCUUCAGUGAUGCCGUACAAAAGACCCAUGUGGAGAAGGACUUCAUCGCUUUCAAAUCUUCGACUCCACAUAACGUUUCCUGGAGACUGAACACAGAUGGCUCUGUCUUCAUUUCCCAUCUUAUCCGCUACUUCAAAAUGUAUUCUUGUUGUCAUCAUUUGGAGGAGAUUUUCCGAAAGGUUCAAUAUUCAUUUGAGACUCCAAAUAUAAUUACCCAGAUGCCCACGAUUGAGAGACUCUCCAUGACACGAUAUUUCUACCUCUUCCCUGGGAAUUAAAACUCAUACACAGCAUCUCAGUCUUAAUGUCUCUCAAGGACCUACCUACUGAGUGGAAGAUAUUUAGUUCUGAAGCUUGCACAAAAAAACCUGGAUGUUCAUAUACAGCUGGCGUGAGGCGUCCUCCCAGAGAAGUCAGUUUGGCUGAGUUUCAUUCCUCCUGUGUUUGUGAUGAGGACUGCCUGUACCAGUGUCAGUUGGAGGCUGCUGGGUGUGCACCAAGGCAAUGAUACCCUAGUGCGGACCUCCCCCUCUGGGGGUGACAGGCCCAUAGCCCUUUUGUGAAGGCACAACUCAUGGUAGGCAUCAGUUCUGCUUAUGCCUUACCUCCUAUAACCCCUUUCUUUAUGUUUCCUUCUCUCUACUUUUCCAGGGAAACUGGGCCAUUAUGUACUCGACGAACCUACUACUUUAAAAGGGCAAUGUCUGCUCGUGAAUAUUUUUAUACGAAACUUCCCAAAUUCCCACCUUCAACCAAGGCCAAGUGAAAAUCAAUGCCAUAUUGUUGCUGAGUUAGUACUUACUACAUUUUUAAAAAAUUUUGUUUGUUUUCUCACGUUACUGUAAGGGUAAAACAUUUUUGUUGCAAAACAAAGUUUAAGUAUAGAAAAACAUUUAAAAAAUAUUUAAUGAAUAAGUGAUUACAUUAAUAGGUGUCCUGGUAUUAGGCAAAGAUCAUAUUCUCAGGAUAAACUCUUCUCUGUUAUAAAGGAUCAUUCACGUACUCUCCAUUUGGAAGACUAUUACUAACAUUUGACUUGGGACAUUUACAUUAUAGACUGAAUUCUCAUUUAUUUUGACUCGUUUCUAACUUGGCCAUAGGAUAUUUUGAUAAUAUUUUUUAAUGAACUACAAGUAGUAUUUUUUUUUUAUUCCUAGAAUGUGAAAAAUCUUUGUCCCUGAGUUCACUUAUGAGUUCUCCUAAAAACAUACACAAAGGCCAGUGUGAAUUUAUUUCUUAGUAGUAUGUUUUUUAUUAUCAAAAUGUUGAUUUUUUUUAAAAAGUACCCAUACAUAUCUGUAUUUGUAUACUCAUUAACUUUCAAACUAUAGAUGAAAGCCAAUGUGUAUAAUCACUAAAAAAACAAAAACAAAAACAAAAAAAAACUUUAUUUUGUUUGAAUCUUGAGAACAUGGAGAUUAUGUAAAAAUAUCCCUUUAGAACUGAAAGUGACAAAGAGGGAAGUGAAAAUCAAGUUCCAUGAAAUGAUUUAUGUUCUCUCUCUUCCAUCCUGUGGUCUUACUUCCUCUCUCUCUAUAUACACAAACUCACAGAUGAAUUUAGAAAGCUAACUGUGUAAGAUACUCUAUGACCUGCACUUGUGUUGAUUCAAAAUUACCAUCUAGGAUUAAAGGGAGAUGUGAAGCAUCAGUAAUAUACAUAGCCUAAGCUUAAGAGGGUGGGGGAAGGAGAUCAAGGGCUGACUGGGGGCUGGGUAGUCUCCUUCCUGUCCCUUUUCACUCAGCCCCUUAUAUUCGGAAGGUCACAUCUCCAGCUGUUGGAGCUACAGCUCUUAAGGUCAAAAAAAGUGCAGCCUAGUCAGCAAGAAAGAGGAAGAACCAGCAGACACAGGCCCCCUCCCUUUCAGGAAGUCUUCUCUUCCUCUAAACCAAGAACCACCACUGGGUCCAAAGUAACAGCUGCGCAGAAGCUGAGAAAUGAAGUAUUUAUUCCAUGUGUCAAAUUCCUAGCAAAAAAACCCUGGGAGUUUCUCUUAAGAAAUGGGGAAAAAGCAGAUAUUGGGUCCCUUUGACUGUCUCUGCCCGAGAUUGCUUCCACAUUUGAUGGCUGCCUAAUACUGAAUUAAAAAAAAAAUCUUAAUGUUUA